CCUCUAUAUAAAUGAGAUAUGACGCGCAAACACCGACUCAAAAGUGCUUUUGUUUUGGUUGUUUUAGGCAUUUGCUUCUCUCUUUCUUUUUUUUGCUUUGAAACUAAAAAAAACAAACAGAAGAAGAAAAAAUGGUGGAUCUUCAGAAGGUAUGUUCCAUGUGCGGCGACGUUGGCUUCCCGGAAAAGCUCUUCCGCUGCUGCAAGUGCCACCAACGUUACCAACACUCGUAUUGUAGCAAUUAUUAUAGUGAAUUGUCAGAGGGAAUAGAGGUGUGUGACUGGUGUCAAAGUGAAGAAAGAAACAGCAGUUCAAGGCGUGGAAGUUCUUCCAGAAAACCAUCAGCUGAAGGGAUCAUGAUGAGCAGCAGCAGAUCAGAAUAUCCAGGUGGCGACAAAAUCAAACAGCAAAACCAUGAUCAUCAUAGUCAUAGAGAAGAAUCAACGGCUCAUGAUCAAAAACCAAAGAAUAAUCAUGGUGGUGCACCAUCGCCUCGUACGCCCACCCGUAGGUACAAACUUCUCAAGGAUGUCAUGUGUUAAAUUAAAAGGAAAAAAUAAAUAAAAACUUUUCAUAUGUUAAUAUUAUGGAAAUUAUCUUCCUUAAGGAUAAUUGUAAGUUUUUUUUUUUUUGUACUUUUGACUAGUAGAGUACUACUUUUAUGGCCUAUGCUACCUAGCUAGCUAGCUGAAUAAGUUCUCAAUGUAGCGUUCACUCUCUCUAAUAUAUAUAUAUAUUAUAUGUACAAAUUAGUAGAUGAUAAUUAUGGGUGAA